AUGAGCAGCCAGGAAGAUGAACAGACCUCGUCGUCCCCAAACUCCACCAAGGAAAACAUAAUCGACCACGUCGACAGCUUCGUCGCGGACAUGACCAGCCUCUGCCUGAACGAGCCCUACUCGGACGUGGAGUUCCUGGUGGAGGAUCAGCGGCUGCCGGCCCACCGUCUCGUACUGGCAACGCGUUCUGAGUACUUCCGCGCUAUGCUCUACGGCGGUAUGUGUGAGUCGAAACAACGGGAAGUUCAGCUGGAGGUGCCGCCAGAAGCCUUCAAGGCAAUCCUGAGAUAUCUUUACUCGGGCACGCUGAACAUCUCCACACUGGGCGAGGAAGGCAUCAUCGAUGUGCUCGAUUUGGCCCAUCUGUACGGGUUGCAGAACGUCGAGACGGGCCUAGUAAAGUAUCUGCAGCAGAAUCUGGACGUCAGUAAUGUUUGCAUGAUCCUGGAUAUCGCACGCCGCAGCAAUCUCAACCAGCGGACUGAAGAUUGCCUCACGUUUAUGGAUGUUAAUGGGCCCGAUAUAGUAAAACAUGAAACCUUCGGGAAGCUGUCCAAAGUAUCACUUGAGGAACUCCUGGCACGGGGGAGCUUCUGGGCCCCCGAAAUUGAUAUCUUUCGAGCUGUAUGCAAGUGGAGGGACAACAAUCCGAGCGAGGACAUUAAGACGGUGGCUGCGCUUGUGCGUCUCCCGCUCAUGAGUGUCCGACAGCUGCUGCAUGUCGUACGUCCCUCCGGCAUGUUCGAGACGGAACAAAUUUUCGACGCAAUCGAUCAAGUGGAUACCGGAAAUGAUCUGCCCCACCGUGCAGUCGUGUUGCCGGCGGAGAACGUGGCAUUCGGGGAAUCCCUUGCGCGCCGUUUCGAAUUUAGCCCAAGUUGUGAAAUCCUCGAGCUGAGAAACCUUUUCGUAAUCAACUGUAUUGAAUUUCUUUAUCAGAGAUGCGGUAUGGUCCACGCGGAUGUCUCUUGCAACCACACUCACUGGGAUCGUGUUGGCUCGACUCAGUGCGAGGCAGGAAGGAAAUUCAACUUCAAGAAGCGACCCGUUCGCUACAUUCGUUUCGUAAAACCACAUCUAGAUACGGUUGUAUUUAAUGUGAGGGCCACGUACUCAGAAUAA